UAUGCCAAUAUUCUUAUGCGAUUCGUAAUUUACAUAUUUAUAAGGGAUGGAAUAUGAAAAGAGAAAACAAAAAUAUCUUGAUAAAUUGAAAAAAACAUCAUCAAAAGGAUUAUACAAAUCCACAGGAGUCUUAGAUAUUCAACACGAUAAUUCAUUAUGUUUUAAUGAAAGUAAUCAAAAAUAUGUAGAACCAAAAUGCGAACCUAAUGAUUUGUUGGCUAAAGUUGAAUGUUACAUUAGAGCAAAUCCAUCGUCUCAUAUUACUAAGAAUCGUUUAACUGUCAAGAGAGGUUUAGACUACCGUAUUUUAGCUUCGAAUUUUCAAAAUAAUGUUAUACAGAAGUCAUAUGAUGUACAAGAUUUAGAGAAUGUAAUUUCUUUCAUAAAACCAAAGCGGAAGCUAGUGAACUAUAAGCCAGAUACUAAAAUAAAAUUUGGCCCUCCUGAUGCUACUUCCACAGUAAAACACAAUCAAGCACAAUCUGAACCAAUUUCUCGAAAACAAAUAUUUAAGCCAGCUGCUGUUAUUAAAAAUACAAAAUAUGAAAUGAGUGAAAAAAUUCACCGUACUGAAUAUUCCAGUUCACUAACAUCGACUUCAUCAAAGAUUAUCAAAAGUAAUAUGAAAGGAACUACAAGUACGUUUAUGGAUUCAGGGAUAAAUAAAAACCAAUGCAUCGGUAUAGAACAGAAAAUAAAUUUAACUUAUUGUUUAUACAAGGAGUUUGUUAUUACGCAUUGUGAUGAAAUUAUAAGUAUGAACAAGAAUUUUUACCCAAAUAGUGAUUAUAGCGUAAAUUUAAAAAAGCAACUUCGGCGAGUUCAAUUUAAACACCAGAAUCAACAGAACACAAAAAAUACAAAACUUAUGGAUUGUACAGACCCGGUUAAUAAUGAUUUUAAUAAUAUGUCAUCGAUUUCUAGUGGCAGUGAUUUCAUUUUUAAACCAGUUGUUGACUUAUUUAAAAGCCCAGACUCUUGUAUCACAAAAUCAUCUCAAGAUAGCUUCGUUUGUUCAACACAGGAAAUAUUAUUUACUAAUUCAGACGAUUCCAUAAAUAUUGACGAAGUUAAGCUAGAACUAAAUGAAGAAUACUUUUCUUCUCCAGAGAUCUGCAUAAAUGAAAAUACGAAAAAUUCGUGUCAAAUAAAAAUAACUGAUUAUCAAUCACGAUCGACAUUUCAUACGGUUUUGGAGAAAGGCAAUCAAAAAUCAAAAAAUAUUAUAAGGUCAAGUUCGAUUAGUUCAGAAGAUAGUUUUAAAUAUUACAGAAAAAAAAUGUUUUAAAAAUAACAAGU